AGCCAGAGCCCAGCCCCGCUUGCUCGAGCCGUCAUGGACAAGGCCAAGAUGCUCGAGCUCUUCGGCUCCGACUCGGAGGGUUCGGACGACGAGCCGGCGCCUCCCAGCGGCGGCGGCGGCGGGGACGACGCGGGGGAGGGCGUCGACGAGGCCGACCUGUUUGGGAGCGACGGCGAUGACGACGAGGACGGAGGGCAGGCGGCGUCGGCGCCGCAGGUGCCGUCGGCGCCGCCGCUGCACUACGAGCUGCCCGCGCUGCGCCGCCCGCCCGCCGGGAGCGAGCUGCUUAUGGUGCGGAUGCCAAACAUCCUCAAGGUCCAGCCGCGUCCGUUCGAGUCGGACAAUCCGGAGUGCCUCGAGAAGGAGCUCGGCGAUCCGUUCCAAGUGGACGGCGACGGAGAUCCGCGCUACGAGGUGCGCGGGGAGAACGUCAUCCGGUGGCGCACCAACCCCGACACGGAGGUCCUCUCCGCGCCGAAGCAGCGGCUGCCCGGCGGCGGGACGCACCUCUACACGCGGCACAAGGGCUCGAACCUCGAGUGCCACGGCACGAUGGAGCAGCGCAUGCUCUUCCAGCCCGUGUCGAUCGACUCGAGCACGCACCGCGCGCUCACCAAGCACAUUGCCAAGAGCUGGGAGGGCAAGAGCAGCAAGGGCGGUCGCUCGAUCAUCAUGACGGCGACGACGGAGGCGCCGGAACUGGAGAAGCAGAAGAGGGAGAAGCAGUGGGAGGAGAAGCGCCGCCUGGACCUGCGGCAGUCCUCUCACCGCCGCUCGGAGGAUGGGGGCGAGUCGGAGGAGGAUUCGGAUGAGUUUGGCGCCAUGGACGACGACUGA